AUAAUAGUUGGAGAAACUGCUGUGUUUUGCCUGCAAUUAGCCACAAGAGAUUUUGAAAACCAGGAAAAAACUAUUUUAACUGGAGACUGUUGCUAUAUAAACCCACUGGUACGCCGAACUGUCCGAUUUCUUGGAAUUUAUACAUUUGGACUCUUUGCUACAGAUAUCUUUGUAAAUGCUGGGCAAGUGGUUACAGGCAACUUGGCUCCACACUUUCUGGCCUUGUGUAAGCCCAACUACACAGCUCUUGGGUGUCAACAGUAUACACAGUUCAUCAGUGGGGAGGAAGCGUGCACAGGCAACCCAGAUCUCAUCAUGCGAGCAAGGAAAACCUUCCCAUCCAAAGAGGCUGCCCUCAGUGUCUAUGCUGCCAUGUAUCUGACAAUGUAUAUUACCAACACUAUCAAAGCCAAAGGCACCAGACUUGCUAAACCCGUUCUGUGCUUGGGAUUAAUGUGUUUGGCCUUUCUUACUGGACUCAACAGAGUAGCAGAAUAUCGAAAUCACUGGUCAGAUGUGAUAGCAGGCUUUCUAGUUGGAAUCUCUAUAGCAGUAUUUCUGGUUGUAUGCGUGGUAAAUAAUUUCAAAGGAAGACAACCAGAGAAUGGGCACAUGCACAGGGACAAUGUGGCCCGGAUGCCGAUGAUCAACAUUCCUCGAGUAGAAAGUCCUUUGGAAAAGGUAGCAUCUGUGCAG